AUGCGCUCAGUCGUGCUCUUCGGGUCUUUUUAUGCUCUCCUAGCUCUGCCACAUGCGUUGGCCGUCAAAUCUCAGGACUUUAAGACCUGCUCACAAUCAGGCUUUUGUCGUAGAGGACGUGCACUUGCUGCACGCGCUCAGGAAGCCCAAUCUUCAUGGAAAUCACCAUACACAGUUGACCCUUCUUCUAUCGUUAUUUCGCCUGAGGACUCCACAGUCAAGGCUGCUGUAAAAUCUUCCCUUUAUCCAGAAAUCAAGUUUGGCUUGGAGCUUAGAAUCCAUGAUGAUGGUGUUGUUCGUGUCCUUUUAGAUGAAGUAGACGGCCUCAAAAAGCGCUACGAUGAGGCUGCAUCGUGGGCUUUAGUCUCAGAGCCCAAGCUCAGCAAGGGUAUACGCUGGGCAGCUGGGAAGAAGGAGUUGCGAGCGGUGUUUGGAGAGAAGAAUGAUAUCGAGGUUGCUGUUGACUACGACCCUCUCCGUGUGCGCCUUCGUCGUGGCGGAGAGGAUCAAAUAGUCUUAAAUGGUCGUGGCCUGCUACAUAUGGAACAUUUCCGCUCUCAAACGUUGAAAGAGACCAUCGAGGAAGUGGCUUCAGACGAAAACGCGGAAGGACAGGAAGUUCUCCAGGUUGAGAAUGUACGGGCUUGGUUUGAAGGAGAUUCCGAAGAUGCUUACUGGGAGGAAAAGUUCUCUUCUUGGACUGACUCCAAGCCCAAAGGUCCGGAAUCGCUUUCUCUUGACAUUACAUUUCCCAAUCACGGCACUGUAUAUGGUAUUCCUCAGCACGCCACCAACCUCUCCCUCCCAAGUACAACAGGCGAUUCACCUUCGUACACGGAUCCAUUCCGUCUUUACAAUGCAGACGUCUUCGAAUACCUCGCAUCUUCACCCAUGUCCCUCUAUGGCUCCAUCCCAGUUAUGCAUGCUCACUCUGCCGACACAACUGUCGGCGUAUUCAAUGCAGUAGGUUCCGAAACCUGGAUUGAUAUCUCGUAUCCCACAAAGAAGUCAACACAUACGCACUGGAUUUCCGAAUCUGGUAUCAUGGACGUUUUCCUGCUACCUGGACCAACGCCUGAAGACGUCUUUGCCCAAUACGCUCGCUUGACCGGAACUACGGCUCUCCCUGCUCAUUGGAGUUUAGGUUACCACCAGUGUCGGUGGAACUACGUCAGUUCGGAUGAUGUUAGAACCGUUCAAAGAAGAUUUGACGAGGAAGAUAUGCCUGUUGACGUGUUCUGGCUGGAUAUUGAAUACGCUCAGGAUCACAAAUACUUCAUCUGGGACCACAAGACUUUCCCUGACCCCGUAGAGAUGACCAAUGAUGUCGCUGCUGCAGGGCGUAAAAUGGUCGUCAUCGUCGACCCUCAUUUGAAAAGAACUUCCGAUUACCCAGUGUAUCAGGAAGCUUCCGAUCUUGAUAUCCUUGUCAAACCGAAGAGCGGCGAAGGCGAAUAUGAAGGCUGGUGCUGGACCGGUAGCAGCUCCUGGAUUGACCAUUUCAACCCUGCGAGUUGGGACUGGUGGAUUUCCAAAUUCAAAACAACCAAGAAUGACACUGGCUUUUCUUGGACUGAAAGCACGGAAGAUAUCCAUAUCUGGAAUGAUAUGAACGAGCCUUCCAUCUUCAAUGGACCUGAGAUCACUAUGCCCAAGGACAGUAUUCACCAUGGCGGCUGGGAACACAGAGAUGUUCAUAACAUUAAUGGAAUGCUUUUCCAUAAUAACACAGCGCAAGCUGUCCGUCUUCGCUCGGAUAUCCCCAAGCGCCCAUUUGUUCUUACCCGUUCCUUCUUUGCGGGAUCUCAACGCGUCGGUGCAAUGUGGACCGGCGACAACCUUGGUACUUGGGAUCACAUGGCUGUCGGUGUGAAGAUGGUUUUAGCCAACGGAAUUGCUGGAAUGGCCUUCGCUGGUUCUGAUGUUGGUGGUUUCUUUGGCAAUCCUGAACCUGAGAUGCUUGUUCGAUGGUACCAAGUCGGCAUAUUUUCGCCCUUCUUCCGUGCACAUGCACACAUUGACACGAAGCGACGUGAACCGUUCUUGCUGGACGAGCCUUACAAAAGCAUUGUUCGCGACAUUCUUCGUUUAAGGUACGCCAUGUUGCCAAUCUGGUACACGGCGUUUAGGGAGAACUCCGUCACCGGUAUGCCUAUCGUCAGACCUCAUUAUGUAGUGUUCCCUCAGGACACAGCUGGGUUUGCCAUCGACGACCAAUUCUUCGUUGGAUCUUCUGGAAUACUUGUCAAGCCCGUUACUGAAAAGGACAAAACCGAGACCACCGUCUACAUUGCUGAAGAUCAGGUUUACUAUGAUUACUUUACCCAAUAUGCGUAUCGUGGCUCUAGCAAAGGAAAACACAUCACUGUCGCUGCGGAACUUCAUCAAGUUCCUGUAUUCAUCCGUGGAGGAUCUAUUAUCCCAACGCGUGAACGCCCGCGUCGCUCUUCACCGUUGAUGAAGCUUGACCCCUUUACUCUCCGUGUUGCUUUGAGCAAGACCGGUACUGCACGUGGUGAUCUUUACCUCGACGACGGUGUUACGUACUCGCACCAACAAGGUGACUUUGUAUGGCGCGAAUUCGUGGCAGAACAGUCUCAUAAGAAGACCACCCGUAUCUCGAGCAAAGAUUUGGCCUCACAUAACCCUGGAAAAGCGGUUGAUGGGAUAGCACUUACCACCUUUGACCCGAAGAAUGCGUUUGCGAAGGAGAUCGAGGAAGUGAGGGUGGAAAAGAUUGUCGUUCUUGGGUUGAAUUCGAAGCCGCGCAGUGUGAACGUCGAAGGAGGUGCAGAGUUGAAAUGGGAAUUUGUUCCUGGUGUAGCUGCGUCAGACAAGAAGGAAGGAGUAUCGAGUGUGCUGAUUAUCAAGGAUCCGAAAGUCCUCAUAACCACAGAUUGGGCAAUUGUAAUUUCGUAG